GCCGGCGGGCGGACCUUACAGAGCGUCGGCGGCGGAGCGAAGCGGGUUCCUGCGUCAACAGUGCUUGGACGGAACCGGCUGCGCUCGGGCUCGCCGCCACCCCCCUGUCACCACAGCCUAUACAGUCACCGCAACACCCACCGGAGCACCUCAGCCAUGGCAGCGCCCCCCUCUCAAGUGCGCCAGAACUACCACCAGGACUGCGAGGCCGCCGUCAACCGCCAGAUCAACCUGGAGCUCUACGCGUCCUACGUGUACCUCAGCAUGUCCUACUAUUUUGACCGGGAUGAUGUGGCCCUGAAAAACUUUGCCAAGUACUUCCUGCAUCAGUCCCACGAGGAGCGGGAGCACGCUGAGAAGCUGAUGAAGCUGCAGAACCAGAGGGGCGGGCGCAUCUUCCUGCAGGACAUCAAGAAGCCAGACCGUGAUGACUGGGAGAAUGGCCUGACUGCCAUGGAGUGUGCCCUGCACCUGGAGAAAAACGUGAACCAGUCACUGCUAGAGCUGCACAAAUUGGCAACCGAAAAGAAUGACCCACACCUGUGUGACUUCAUUGAGACCCAUUACCUGGAUGAGCAGGUGAAAGCCAUCAAGGAGCUGGGCGACCACGUGACCAACCUGCGGAAGAUGGGGGCUCCCAAGUACGGCAUGGCGGAGUAUCUGUUCGACAAGCACACCCUCGGCGACUCUGACAGCUGAAGCCUUGCCAAGAGCCACGCUGAGGGUUUCAGUGGGACUCCUACUUACUGUCCAGCCGUGCAUGCAGCUUCAGCUACCUAGAUAAACAGUUCCAUUCUCUGUACCAAAUAUCCCCCCCUCUCUUUGUGUUUUAUGUACUGCCCUCCAGCCAAUAAAGUGACUUGGUUCCA